ACAACUUCUGGUAUAUUGAUAGAAUUUUCCUUUGUAUCUGUUAUUUUAAGAAAAAUUAUUGACGUGUUUAUUUUAUGCCACACGGUUCAUAACACGCAAAUUUUAAUUUAUUUAUAGAUAUUAGCGAACUCUUAAUUAAGUGUGUAAGGGUAUAAUUUGUAAAAAUGAUACAUUUACGUUGUAUAGGAAUAUUAUUAUUGGUGAUUGGGUCGUAUGCUCUUUAUGACUCUUCAUCAGAUGUGGUACAAUUAACACCAAGUAACUUUGAGAAGCUUGUCACAAAUUCAAAUGAAGUGUGGAUCAUAGAAUUCUUCGCACCAUGGUGUGGGCACUGCAAGAAUCUUGUUCCUGAAUAUAAAAAAGCUGCUCGAGCCCUUAAAGGAAUUGUCAAAGUAGGUGCAGUGGAUGCAGAUCAGCACAGGGAUCUAGGACAGAAAUAUGGAGUCAGUGGAUUCCCAACUAUUAAAAUAUUCACGGGCAGUAAACAUACUCCAUAUCAGGGACAGAGGACGGCAGAGGCCUUCGUAGAUGCAGCAUUAAAGGCAGCUAAAGAGAAAGCUUAUGAAAACCUUGGAAAGAAAACUAGCGGAUCCAGUUCUGACAAGUCGGAUGUUAUCACUUUAACAGACAGCAAUUUCAAGGAGAUGGUUCUCGAUAGUGAAGACAUGUGGCUUGUUGAGUUCUAUGCUCCGUGGUGUGGACAUUGCAAGAAUCUGGAACCCCACUGGGCAAAGGCCGCAACCGAGCUUAAAGGAAAGGUAAAACUCGGGGCCGUUGAUGCCACAGUUCACCAAAUGAUGGCUUCUCGCUACCAAGUGCAAGGAUACCCGACCAUCAAGUUCUUCGCUGGUGGUAAGAAGACAAGUGACAGUGUAGAAGACUAUAAUGGAGGAAGAACUUCCAGCGAUAUUGUGAGCUGGGCCCUUGAAAAGCUUGCUGAAAAUGUACCAGCACCUGAAGUAUUGGAGGUAACAGAUGAAGAAGUGAUGAAAGGUUGUAGUGAUAAGCCACUUUGUGUGGUAUCGAUUUUGCCUCACAUCCUUGAUUGUAAUGCCGCAUGCAGAAAUGACUACAUCGCGAUAUUGAAGCGCCUUGGAGAUAAAUACAAGAGCAAGAUGUGGGGCUGGGUCUGGUCAGAAGCUGGUGCACAGACAUCGCUUGAAGAAUCUCUGGAAAUGGGAGGCUUCGGUUACCCAGCCAUGGCCGUCGUCAAUGCUAAGAAACUCAAGUUCUCUACUCUACGUGGAUCAUUCUCUGAGACCGGAAUCAAUGAAUUCUUAAGAGAUCUAUCUUUCGGUCGUGGCCAGACAGCGCCAGUAAGAGGCGCUGAAAUGCCUAAAAUCUCCAAGACUGAGCCUUGGGACGGCAAAGAUGGCGAAUUACCGCUAGAAGAGGACAUUGACCUCUCGGACAUUGAUCUGGAGAAGGAUGAGUUAUAAUGUGCCAGGGGUUUAUUGACCUUUUAGCAGUAUUUGAUUUAUUUAUUGAUAUGUGUGUAAACUUUGUGUCUCAGAGCAUAUUUUUUUGUCACCCAUUAUAGUCAUAUACGUCAUCAAUUGUAGUAACAAAUUAUAUUGAUUUUAAUUUUAACAAUAUUUUAAAUUUUAUUUAUAUUUAAGUUAUUGAAUUACGGUAUAUAUGCUUAUGAUGUUUUACAUAAGUAAAAAAAAUAAAAAAUUCCAUCUUUAGUAAAUGUUGUGUCAGUGUAAUCGACCUCUUGUCAUCAAAAAAGGUCCUAUUAUGUCUCUGAAUGUAAACUUCAGCCAUUCAAAAAAUCAAACAAAUACUGCUAAUAUGUUACAUUACUCCACAGAACUGAUUAGACUAAGUUCUGUCCCGGAAUUGUCUAUUAAAAAUCUCUUAAUAAUAGACAAUUUAAAAAAUACUAAAUUUGUACUAAAAGAUAAUUUUUAAAAUGAAUAAACUCUCAUAAUAAUGGAAAUACUUAAAUAAUUAGGGAUCGCUGUUUUUACAAAUAUUUUUAAACACUGCCAAAAUUAUUUUCGAUAAUUUUGUGUACAAUUUAACAUAUUAUCUUAAGCGGAUAAAUGUUGUUAGAAUUUAUUCAUCCCUGCCUCAUCUAAUCAAAAUGUAACACCAUAAAUACUAGUUUUAAAAUACUUAUAAUCUUAAUGUUACAUUUAAUAAUAAAGCUUCCACUCUGAUUAAGAAGAUGCAUUUACAGUGAAAUUUAUUUAUGUAAUAAAUUAUGAUUUAAA